AUGACUCAGUGCCCGCUGUCGUGCCAGAUGACUCGUUGCCCGCUGUCGAGCUUGAUGACUCAUUGCCCGCUGUCGUGCCAGAUGACUCAUUGCCCGCUGUCGUGCCAGAUGACUCAUUGCCCGCUGUCGUGCCAGAUGACUCAUUGCCCGCUGUCGUGCCAGAUGACUCGGUGCCCGCUGUCGAGCUUGGUGACUCAUUGCCCGCUGUUCUGCCAGAUGACUCGUUGCCCGCUAUUCUGCCAGAUGACUCUUUGCCCGCUGUCGUCGCAGAUGACUCGUUGCCCGCUGUCGUGCCAGAUG